AUGGCGUCUGAUUCAUCUGCUGCUUCUCUGCUAAAUCAUACCAGCUGUCAUGACGUUUUUUUAAGCUUUAGAGGUGAAGAUACCCGUAAUUCAUUUACAGAUCAUCUGUACGCAGCUUUAGAACGAGCAGGAGUUCGCACUUUUAGGGAUAAUGAUAAUAUCGACAGAGGUCAAGAACUGAAGCCAGAAAUCGAUAGAGCAAUCAAAGAAUCUAGGGCUUCGAUAGUUGUAUUAUCAGAGAAGUAUGCGAAUUCCAGAUGGUGCCUUGACGAGCUGCUGUUGAUCCUUGUGCAAAGGCGGAGCUUUAAUCAUUUUGUUUUACCGGUGUUUUACCAUGUCGAUCCCUCAGAUGUCAGGAACUAA